GUUGCGAGAAAAGAGUUGGGGGCGGGGUUAAACGGAACUUGGCCGGCCAAUCGGGAGUGUCGUGAGGGGUAGCCACGUCUUCUGCAGAUCCGCAUGCGAUGUAGUGUGUGAAUGAGGUGCAGGGGAGCGGAAUAGAGAGUAGCAAUGAACCAGAUUCAGAACCUGUUGUACGAUGCCCUAAUAAAGACUCAGCAUGUGGAGAGCGCGGCCCUCAUCAAAGUAAAAGAAGCCAUCGCCUUGACGUCACCAGGAUACCAUCUACAGCCCCAACAAGUCAAUGGGAUUAUCGAUGCAUUUAAGAACCCUGCAGCCCUUAGAAGAGAAGGGUUACAUUUUCGAGAGAAGAAUUACAAGUGUAUUCGUGCUGAUAAAAAUUCCAUCUAUGCAAAAUGUGAUAAUGAUGGAGUCAUAAUGAUAAAAACCAAGGCCAAUAUCCUCCUUGCUACAUACCGUGAUGGCAUGUACCCUAGUGUGUGUGUGGAGGCAACUGAGAAGCUUGGAUGUUAUUUCCGUGAGAAGGAAAUAUGACUGCAGACAACAGACAUUAUUGUGGAGAUACAAGUGCAGAUACACUGCUGGACAUCAUGUGAGAGGCAGAAAUUCAUAUCCUUAAGAAAUUAUUUUUGUCUUUUUUCAUGAUUCUUGGCUAUAAAACAAUUCACCAAAGAUGGUGCUAGAAAGUUUGAGAAGCUUUUUUCUUUUUUUUCUUCUGCAUUAAAUGUCUUUAUCAUAAAAAGUAUGUGAACCUUUGCUUUCAGUAAUGUAUGUCAUUCUCAGGCUAUAUUCAUCACUGUGUCUGUUUAUUGCUGUCACGUUAUUAAUUUUGGGAGGAUUUCGUGUAUGAGCGCAAAUCUUCAUACUAUUAAGGUUUUGUCUUCCAAAACCAUAACUUUAUUGUUCUGUUGACAUAGCCAAAUAAGGGCAUGUUUCAACUUGUACCAAAGUUUUACAUUUUUGUGAGGUGAGCCAUGGUCUUUAACUUUAACUUUUUUUUUACAACUUUUUAAUUAAAUAAAAUUUCUUUCUGUUUUUUUUAUCAUUUACAUUUUACUAAUGUUAUAAUUUGAUACCAAUAUCA